AUGCCUAGAUGCCAGCUUCCCACUCUACGGCUGCCACAGAAUCGACAGCUCGGCGCUCGACGCUUCCUUUCACGGACUCCACCCGUCAAUGUCGCCAAUAAUUUUAGCGACUCCAGUCCUGACCCAACACCAUCUCAAUUGUUGCGUUUCUCGUUGACUGGCCAUACGCAGCAUGUACAAAAUGCGUCUCAGUCGGAUUUUGAUAAACGUCUGGAGGCUUACUUAGCAUUACGGCCGCUCGAUGGUCUUCAUCCUCCGCGUCUGGGAUCUCACAGGCGUCAAGGUGAAGAAGCGACUUACGCAGAACUUGAGCAUGUCUCAAAUCUGCAAGAAUUCCGGCUAUUUAUUGAGCGGGAAGUAAUUUAUAGCAAUGAUCCGAGUCCAUUCUCACGAUUAGCGCUCAAACAGGCGCUUGCGAAUUGCCAACGAUAUCAUUCAUCCCGCGAGAUUCUCUCGGCAUUAAACGCCUUGAUCUCGAGGCUCGAAAAGCUCCAGAUCAAAGUGCCGCCAUAUUUUUAUGCUGAGGGGAUGUACUAUGCUGCUCAGUGUUUUUCGACUCCGGCUUUGGAGCAUCAUCUCAAUGGCUUCCGACGCGUGACUUCUAGUCUACUGAAAGUAGAGGAUGGAGUCGACAUAGCCAGAGCGCUUCUCUUUUCUUUACGAACAGUCUUCUUCACGGACCCAAACUAUGACCUAAGUCCCAUUCUCGGCCUGGUCACAGGCGAGGGGCCGCAUGCAGGGGUCUUUUCUCACAAACUGAGUGACGUCUUACGAUUCGAACCAGGAGCAUAUGCUACCUAUGUCAAACUUCUUAGAGAGAUGCGAGCUACGGGCUCGUUGAAAGCAGCAUGGAAGUCAUUAUCACAGCAAUUAACUCCCGACUGCCGCGGCGAAAUGCUAGACGAUGCGUAUGAUUGUGUGCUGACUUUCAUUGAUGCCGGAAUGGUGGAGUUUGCCAUGGACUGUCUGAAGGACUUGUCUUCAAAGGUCGGGGAUUCUCCGCCCUCGAUACCGAUUUUGUCGCGCCUAGCUUCAGCACUGGCCGAAAACGAGCUACAAGUACCAGCUACAGUAUUUGCUCGACAGCAAGAAGUCGUCGCAGUGCUUGACGAUCAGUUAAAACAUGUGGAAAGAAGACUUGGGUUAGAAUGGCAGGAAACGUCGUCACACCACUCCAGUAUCGACAGCCCUCUUCUCCCGGCGACGGAUCGCUCUCUCUUGUCGAUAGAUGGUGAGGCUGUCGGUUUUGAGAGCGUCCAACGCCUGGUGGCAGAAAUUAACGCCUUGGGAGGCUCUCAUUCCAGAUCCGACCUUGGCAUCAUUGCGGACUUGUUAAACGAGCAUGACGGUUCCGAAAUCCCACUCUUCACUCAGGAUCUUCAAACUAAGUCCUGGGAGUUUGCUUGGAUUCCGCAAUGCUCACCUAUAGAAUUCACCAAUAGUCUAAUUCCUCCUAGGACCGAUACGUCAGUACCUUGGUCUUCUGCCGCUCUGGGAUUGCUCCGCGCCCGUCUCGACAAUCACGGGCUUCCUCUUAGUCUGGAGCGCUCUCGCCACCUCAUGCAACUUGGGUAUCUCGCUAAGCGACCAGCAAACGCUGCAGAACACUCGGGCCCCCUUCGGCAGGAGCACGCAGAGGAUUGGACAGAUACAGGAUAUCUUGUCGCUUUUGAUCGCAUAAGUCCAGGUUUGCAGUCUUCCUCUUUGGAGCCAUGUCCACAGCUUGGUUCUAUUUCAACACUUGCAAUGCCAGCCAAUCCAAAGGAUUUCAAGCCAAGAUUGGAGGAAAUUGUUUCUCUGCCCAAGGAAGCUGGUGCCCGGUAUCAUUUCGACCUCGACCCCGUGUCCAACCUCCGAAGACACAUCUCUUCUUCGCACUUCAUGGGUCAAAUCCGAUGUACCUCUGUAGACCAAGCUGUAAGACAGUGGACUAAUAAUACAACAACACGAUCUACUUCAGGCAAGUACGUCCAAGGCCACCUUCCCAUCUAA